CGGGCGACGGAAGAUUGAUAUAAGACUUGUCCGUCGAGGUCGUGGAACCUAGUGAGGUCGGCUUGCAGCCUCUGAGAAGCCGAAGUCAAUUUGAUGAAUGAUGUGCAGGGGGCAAAUUGGAACAACAGAUAAGACAAACAUACUCAGCCCACUCGCUAUGGUUCGCUAUCGGGAAGCAGGCGAGCAGGCAGAUAAAGAAUCUUGUCGCAGCUUCCAGUCAAGUGGUGUUGGGUGGUGUGUCAACAUUUGCCCCAUCGGCUUGUCCGCUGCGAGCAAGGCCAGCGAAAUCUUCUGGAAGACUGGCAGGAGCGAGGAUCCUGCGAGUAGAACUGAUAACCACUGUGAGGCCCAUCCAAUAGGCGAUCACACGGUAUCAGAAGGCGCAGGGCCUGUGCCACUCAUUUAAUGGCUUUCUUGGCCACGGUACAAUCAGGAGACAGCUGUUAUCGGCUCUAAGUGAGACCGCUCGUGUCGCCAACUCUCCAGC